GGAAAAACAAGAAUUCAGUAACUUUUCUUGAAUUUUAGAGAGAGAGAGAAAGAGAGAGAGAGAGAGAGAGAGAGAUCAACUAUGUGUGCGAUUCUUGUUCCAUGCUUUUCUUUUUUUAGCAAAAUCGAGAUGUUAUUGUUUUCGUAGCAGUAUUUUCUUGCUUCUUGCUUCUUCUUCUUUUUUAGUUUGGACCAUAUUUAGCAAAUGACAGAAUUGGUGGCUCGCACUGGCCGCCAACAGCAACGUUAUGAAGCCGGUUGCCGGCUGGUCGCGGGGUGCAUUCCUUUUAAGUACAGAAGCUUUGCGGACAACGAGGAUGGCAAAUCUGAGAAAGUUGUUGAGGUUUUAAUGAUAAACGCAAACAGUGGACCUGGUCUUCUCUUCCCGAAGGGUGGCUGGGAAAAUGAUGAAACUGUUGAAGAGGCAGCAGCACGGGAAGCUCUAGAAGAAGCUGGAGUUCGAGGUGAUUUGCUGCAUUUUCUGGGACAAUACGAAUUCAAAAGUAAAACCCUCCAAGACAAGUUUAGUCCAGAAGGUUUGUGUAAAGCUUCCAUGUUUGCUUUGCUUGUGAAAGAGGAGCUCCAAUGUUGGCCAGAACAGAACACUCGACAGAGAAGUUGGCUUACCAUUGCUGAAGCUGGAGAGUGCUGUCGGUAUAAAUGGAUGAAAGAUGCCCUCGAGGAAGGUUUUACAAAAUGGCUUGAUGAUCAAAUAGUUAGCAGAUCAAAGAAAGCCAAUGAUGUAAAUUCGUCAGCUUCAUCUCCGGGGGAGCAUUGAAUAGGACCAAAAAAAUGAAGAUAAAGAGCAUUCGAGUAGUUCAUCCAUGUAGAAGAAGCACCGGUCCGAAGGUGAUUUUGGUGCUUUCCUCUCUCUCUCUCUAGGGUUAGGUAUAGGACACUACAAAUGCUUGUGCUUUCGGCAUGCAGGGAGAUGUUUACUGGAAAUCUAUUUUGGGUCCUUCUGUUCA